AUGGCUUACGAAGAGCAGCAGAAGAAGAAGAUGCAAAGAGCAAUAUCUUUGGAAAAUGCCGAUUUUGAUGAUCCUUGUCCUCGAUAUCUUCCUCAGGAAAUAUUUUUGGAAAAUAUUCUAACGAGAUUACAAGCUCGGGAUGUAGCCAGGUACAGCUGCGUCUGUAAGUUAUGGAACAAUUACACUUUCAAAGAUUCAAAAUUUGCUUCUUCCCACUUUAUUCAAAAUAAGAAUAAAUUAAAUCUAGUCUUUAAUCUCUCCAACGUAUCUCAAAAGGCUUACUUUUUCACUCUAGAAAAGGAUGAAUUUGACGAUACCGCAAUUCCUCCUCCUACAUCAAAAAAGAGAAAAAGGGAUGAUGAUGAUGAUGAAAAAUUUCUCUCUUAUAGAAUUUUAGGGGACUUCACUUUCUUAUUCCCAUGUGAACUAGUAGGUUAUUGUAAUGGUUUAGCUUGUUUUAAACCAGUGAGUAGAGAUUCUAAUGUUAAUGGUGCAAUUUCUAUCCUUCACCCUAUCAUGGCUGAAUCACUAGUCCUCUCUUAUCUAACUCCUACCCAGAGUACAGGGAGAUUAUGCAAUUACUUGUGUCAUGGUUUUGGUUUUGAUUCUUUAUCAGAAGAAUAUAAGGUUGUCAUUAUCUUUACUACUACUCCUUCAGUCAAAACAAUCAACCAUCAGGAAUUUGUUUGCAUGGUCGUUACACUAGGAGGAAGAUAG